AUGCUUAACAUGGAAGAAGCGUAUACUGUUGCUCAUCUCCUGAUGAUCAUCGCUGGUCUAAUCAUGUUAAUCUUUGGUUCAAUUGGGAAUCUUCUCAACAUAUAUGUGUUCACUCUUUGGUCUCGUUCUCGACGAACGCUCAAAGAUCAUCAUCAGGAUACGCAUCAAGCCAAUAACAGUUCUUUAUACUUACUCGCAUCAUCGAUCUCUAAUUUAAUCGUUCUUUUAUAUCCAUUGGUCACUCGAAUCAUUUUCGAUGGAUUUAAUUAUUCAGUUUCACAAAAUCAAGUGAUUUUCCUAUGCAAAAUUCGAUUCUUCGUUUUACACACUUCUGAUUUGAUGUCUUUAACAUAUUUUUGUAUGGCUACCUUCGAUCGGUAUUUAAUAACAUCCAGAAAUGCUCAUUUGAGAAAUCUUAGCACUACCAAACACCGCACCAUACAAAUAAUUCUGCUCGUCUUUCUUUUCUUUUGUCUCCAUAACAUUCCUCUACUCAUCUUCUUCGAAGUUUCAUCAACCGGUGAUUGCGAUGUCAAUUCAAAUCAAUAUUCUUACUAUUAUUUAUACGCUACUCAAAUCUUUUUACACGGCAUCUUUCCCAUCGUAUUUCUAUCAAUAUUUGGCACACUAACCUUUCAGCAGUUAAAACAACUACAAGUUCAUGUUCAAAAUCAUUUGAAUGUCGAUAAACAAUUGUCUCGAAUGCUCGUGUUAAUGUCAAUUGCAAUUGUUAUCUCAUCAAUUCCAUAUUGCGUUGAGCAACUCUACUACGAAAUGUUUGCUCAUGGUAAUCAACAACAAUCCGGAUUGAUCUUUCUGUUGCAUGUCAUUUCAUCAAUUUUAUUUUAUGUUAAUCCAGUUUCAAGUUUUUAUAUCUAUUUCAUUUCAACGCCACACCUCCGACACGAAGUACAAAGAUUAUUUUACCGUAGUAAACAUCAUCAUCGUUUUACGAACAAUCAAAUUCACACAAUAACGGACCUUCAUCAAUCUCAUUAA